AUGAAAGGCAAAAUUCGUGAUAGGCACAGGAACGAUCCAAAUAUGACAAACUCUUUUAACAUAAAAUGGAAUGAGGAUGUUUACUUAAAAUCGGAAAGAAGGCAUAAAUUAUGUACCUUGAAAGACUUGCAUUUCAAUGAAGAUUAUUUAAUUAAGCAGAAAAGGGAAAAGAAGAAAGCAGAUAUUGCUAUAAAAAAUAACGAACUAAUGUUGCCUAACCACUAUGACAAUUUGUUAAAAAAAAAAAACGAAUGUUUUGCUAUUCAAAAUGGGAACACCAUGAGGUAUGUUGUGAGGAAAAAUAACACACAUGGGUGUCUACCACUAAUCAAUAUGUCUUCAUUCUCCACUGAGGCCAAAAAAUAUGUCAUUUUGUAUUCAGAAAGGGAGAAAACAAGUUUUUCUCACAAAAGCGACAGAGUUUUUUCCUGA